GCGGCAUCGGUGUUGAAAAAGACUGACGCUUUGGAGCUGCGAGGCAGAGGUGAUGGAAUCAGCGCCGUGACAGGCUUCUCUCACAGGGCAUGAGAGAAGCACCUCACGGCUUGUGGUCGCCACGAAAACCUACCUGUCCAUCCGCUCACCUGCAAAAUAAACCGAUUGUUUUUACCGCCAAGCUGAAGGGUCUCAUUCUUUCUUACCCUCCCUCAGUUUCAGGUGUAUAUUUACACUCAGAACUUAACGUGCACCGGGGCACCAAAACCGGCAAAGACUUUCCUACAGAUCUGUUUGCUUCUUAAGGGUUUUGAAGGUUGAUCUUUCAGAAGGACAAAGGACCAGGUCACCAGGAGAAGAGAGACCAAGGUUCACAACCACAGUGCUUGACUGUGAUGAGUUAUUUCAAGGAGGUACCCAGGCGAUCUACUCCGCCGGGACGGCGAGGGGUCUGAGAGGAGAGCCGGUGCAGGCACCAUCACCCGACAGCUCAGAUCCUGGUAAGACACCUGGGUCAACCACACCCAUUUCAAGCCUGCCAUGAAGGUCUCUGCCGUGGUGCUUCUGGUCCAGUUCCUAAUAUCCGGCCUGUGCUCCGGGACACGGAAGGUCGAGGAGUUUGAGAGCAGCGACGCCGGUCCUGAGCGUGAUUUUCUCUAUGCGGAGCAACGGCACAGGCGCUCCACAGUGGACGGCCAGCAGCCUGACAAGUGCUCCUACACCUUCAUCGUGCCCCAGCAGAAGGUGACCGGUGCCAUAUGUGUCAACUCGAGGGAGCCGGAUGCUCUGCUGGAGAACCGCGUCCACAAGCAGGAGCUGGAGAUGCUAAACAGCGAGCUGCUCAAGCAGAAACGGCAGAUCGAGACGCUGCAGCAACUCGUGGAGGUGGAUGGCGGCCUAGUUAACGAGGUCAAGUUGCUCCGCAAAGAGAGCCGCAACAUGAACUCUCGCGUCACGCAGCUCUACAUGCAGCUGCUUCAUGAGAUCAUACGCAAGCGGGAUAAUGCGCUAGAGCUGUCGCAGCUCGAGAACCGCGUGCUCAACCAGACUUCUGAGAUGCUGCAGCUGGUGAACCGUUACAAAGACCUGGAGCACAAGUACCAGCACUUAGCCUCGCUGGCUAACAAUCAGACUGCUGUCAUUGCUCGGCUCGAGGAGCAGUGCCAGAGGAUGCCCGUUGUGACCCGGCCAGCUCCUCAACCCCACCCGAAGCCCUUCCCCCAGCCCCAGCCUCAGCCCCAGCCCCAACCGCCACCAUCACCGCCCAUCAGCAGGCCUUACCAGCCACCCACCUACACCCGCAUCAUCAACCAAAUCACCAAUGAGAUCCAGAGUGACCAGAACCUCAAGGUCCUGCCGCCAAUUCUCCCAACUAUGCCCAGCGGAACACACAGCCCCUCCACCACAAACAAGCCAUCAGGACCCUGGAAGGACUGCCUGCAUGCUUUGGAAGAUGGCCACAGCAGCAGUGGCAUGUACCUUGUGAAACCAGAAAAUGCCAACCGUCUGAUGCAGGUUUGGUGCGACCAGAGACAUGACCCUGGUGGCUGGACUGUCAUUCAGAGGCGGCAGGAUGGCUCCGUUAACUUCUUCAGGAACUGGGAGACGUACAAGCAAGGCUUUGGCAACAUUGAUGGUGAGUACUGGCUGGGCCUGGAGAACAUCUACUGGAUGACCAACCAGGGCAACUACAAGUUGCUGGUGACUAUGGAGGACUGGUCUGGGCGGAAGGUGUUCGCAGAGUACGCCAGCUUUCGGCUAGAAUCAGAAGCUGAGUUCUACAAGCUACGGGUGGGCCGCUACCAUGGAAACGCGGGCGAUUCCCUCACAUGGCACAAUGGAAAGCAGUUCACUACGUUGGACAGGGACCAUGAUGUUUACACAGGAAACUGUGCCCACUACCAGAAGGGUGGCUGGUGGUACAAUGCGUGUGCCCACUCCAACCUCAACGGCGUGUGGUACCGGGGUGGACACUACCGCAGCCGCUACCAGGAUGGAGUCUACUGGGCAGAGUUCCGGGGUGGAUCUUACUCUUUGAAGAGGGUGGUGAUGAUGAUCCGACCCAACCCCAACACCUUCCACUGAAGAGAAAAACGGGUAUUCUACUAUAGGCCUUAACUAGGAGCCCAUCUUCUGCUUGAGCAGAACCAUUCGUUCCACAUUUCUGCUCUGUCCCACCUCCCCUCUUUCAACCUUUCAUUUUGCCAGUGAAGUUUCCAAAUGACUGGAAGGGUAUUUACUCUACCAGGGCUGUGAAAACAGUGGGACUUCUGUGCAGUCCUGGUUUUAAAAGCCCUCCGGACGAGUUCUCAGAUGUGUUUCAGACCCAGCUGAACUGUAAGAGGACCACAGGGCUUUCAUAACAGCAGCACAUGGAGGCCUGGACACUCAGGAACACUCAGCUCAGUCACAGAGCACCAAACCACUUGCUGUUUUUUUUCCUUUUGCUUAGGGCCCCAGCCAGGGACGAAAACAGUAUUCACUUAUAAUUAUGAGCAACAAAUGAAAGCUUGUGAUUCGAUUAGAACUUUUAUUCUAGAACAUUCAUUCAGUGUAAAUUACCAAAGAUUUAAUGCAUGAAUGGUUUCUUCUCCAAGUCCUUCCCAGACUUGAAAAACAAGGGGAAAGAGGGAAAUAUGUUGAGUCCUAUAAUAUGUCUGCCCUUAGUUGUAUAAUACCACUUUGAAUAAUGCUUUACAACAUACAUGACACAAGGAGGUGUAUCUAGUGACAGUCUGUAAAAGUAUUUGCAGGAAGUUAUUCUCUUCAUUGUUAUUAAUGUAUGUAUGUAUGUGCCCUGUUUGCAUAAAUGACACGAUUAUUUAUUUACAGGAAUAAAGUAAUUCCAACAUUUCCUAAGAAAAAAUAAUAAUCUUCAAAGAUCAACAGCUCAAUAUUUACUCUUAUCACUCCAGUUACAGACAGUCUUUAACAAUAGACUUCCAUAGUGUCUUGUCUCAGAGAACUUUCUGGAACAAGAAGUAGGGGCAUAGUCAAAGUGAAAGCCUUGAUAAUUUCUAUAUUGUGUUGAAAAUUCAUUUAUUCACUCUUUGGGAAUGUUAAGUGUUAAAUGUUAAGUUAAGUUCCAGUUAAGCAGAUGUCAGAGAAAGUUCUUAUAAACAAUCUUUAACCUGGAGCAAAUGGAUUAUUUGAAUAUCCUCAAUAUCCUGAAUUAAAUCCCUACCAGUCAAGAUAACUUCUCCAUUAGACACUAUGGGCAAAAAAUAAAGAGGAAACAAAGAUACAAUCAUUCUGCUCAGCAACCAAACUACAACAACAAUUCUGUUCCAACCAGCUGACAAGAACGAAGAAAAAAAAUCCCCAAAUCCUUUCAGGCCUCUUAAUUGGAAAUAUAGGUUUCAAUAUCCUAUUUUCUUUUCAGUGACAACAUCAACAAGUGUACUUUCUUUCUUAUUUUUUGCUAUACCUGUCUGAACCAGAGGUGGUUCAUACACUGUAUGUACUGUAUAAAUUUAUCGCAAAGGUUCAACAUGUACAUAAAUGCAUUUUCAUAAAACUAA